CCCGCAGUUAUUGCGUGUUGAGUGUCACGGAGUCCCAGCCUUUUACUCACUCUGCCGUCAGCGGCGCCCAGGCUCUCUCGGCUAUGGGUGCCUCAACUCGCCCGCUUUACCUACUUUUUUAUACAAAGUGUCAGUGUGGCUUCGCCCAUUAUCCCUGGGAGUAGUUUUGCAGUCACCCAGACUGAAAACAAGGCAAGUCGGGUUACUGAGGCGUGACAGUGAGAUACUUCGUGUAAAUGUUUUUUUGGACGCGUUGAUUUUCUGUUCUUGGCUGCUUAGUUGGACGCAUUCGCCAGCCUAUAUUUUCCGGCGUCACCCUCUCUAACGGACGUAAUGAUUUGGGGGAAAAUACAAAGGGUAAAACGAGGAACUCUCCUUGUUUUUCAGGCAGCAUGCAGGCGACAAUCCCGAUUUGCUCCGGUGCCCCCGCAGCCGGUACCCGCUCUGGGCCAGACGAUGCAGAGGUACCUGCGGGCCCUGGAGCCCCUGCUUCCCCCGGAUGAGCUGGAGCACACCCGUGAGAUGGUGCGACUCUUUGGGCAAGAGGGCGGCCUCGGAGAGAGAUUGCAACAAGGACUGGAGAAAAGAGUCCGGUUCUCUCACAACUGGAUUUCGGACUGGUGGGUGCAGUGGGCAUACCUGGAGAGUAGACAGCCCUUGGCAGUGCACUCCAACCCUGCCAUCGCCCUGCCCAAGCAGGACUACUCGGACUGGAGGGGUCAGCUCAUGUUUGCGUCGAAACUGAUUGCCGGGGUUCUAGAUUUCAAAGCCGAAGUCGACAGCGGCUCUCUCCCAGUUGAGUAUUUGAGAGGCCAGCCCCUGUGCAUGGAGCUCUACCCUUUGCUCUUCUCAUCCUGCCGAAUCCCGGGACCCAAGCAUGACCAUGUGGUUCACUACAGUCAGGCCCGUCGACCCCCAACCCACAUCACGGUGGUCAGGAACUUCCAGUUCUUUCAGCUGGAGGUUAUCAAUAGUGACGGCACGCCCUUGACAGAGGGCCAGAUUCAUGCCCAGCUGUGCAGGAUCAGAUCUCAAUCCUGGAAGACUGACAAAGAGCCGAUGGGAAUUCUCACCAGUGAGCACCGCAAUACCUGGGGCCAGGCGUACCACCGGCUGCUGAGAGACAAGAUAAAUAAGGAGUCGGUGAGAGCGAUCGAGAGAGGAAUGUUCACGGUGUGCCUGGAUUCUCCCGUAAUGCGGAUUUCAGAUGACAAGUAUUCAAGUCGAAUGGCUGCACAGAUGCUCCAUGGGGGAGGGACUUAUUCCAACAGUGGCAACCGCUGGUUUGAUAAGACAUUGCAGUUUGUGGUGGGUGAAGAUGGCUCCUUCGGUCUGCUGUAUGAACAUGCCACUGCAGAGGGCCCGCAGAUUGCCGCACUGCUGCACCACGUUCUGGAAUACUGCAAACAGCCCGAUUCAGUGCGAACUCCACUCAUUCCUCUGCCGAUGCCUAAGAAACUCUAUUUCUACAUCGACCCGGAGAUCAAGCGGGACAUCGAGCAGGCCAAGCAGAAUCUGGACAUCCUGAUCAACGACCUGGACAUAAACUGCUUCAUUUUCCGGAGGUUUGGCAAGGAUUUCCCCAAGCAGCUGGGACUGAGCCCCAAUGCCUUCAUACAGGUGGCCCUGCAGCUGGCCUACUACAGGGUGCACAGUGAGAUUUGUGCAUCCUGCGACAGCGCCUCCCUCAGGAUGUUCCGGGGGGGCCGCACUGACGUCAUCCGCUCACCUACGAGCCAGGCGCUGCAGUUUGUGUGCGCUUUCGACGAUCCCUCUGUCUCAAGAGAGGCGAAGGUGGAUUUGCUGAGAGACGCUGUGGCUGCUUAUGCGACCCUCACUGAGCAGGCACUUCAAGGGCAGGCCAUCGACCGUCACCUGCUGGGACUCAAACUGCAGGCCAUAGAGGAGGGUCUGAGUGUGCCCAGGAUUUUCAUGGACACAGCCUAUGGACUGGCUACCCACUGGAAACUGAGAACUGGUCAGGUUCCGUCGAACACCGACAGCGUGAUGUGCUUUGGACCUCUUGUUCCAGACGGUUAUGCUGUGUGCUACAACCCGCAGUCAGACCAUGUCCAUUUUUCUGUCACUGCAUUCAACUGCUGUGAGGAGACGAACGCUGAAAAACUCGCGCUCACUUUGGAGAGCGCCCUCUGCCACCUUCAAGAGUUACUGCAUCCCCCUGUGUAGCCCUGGAAGAGUGCUAUGCCAAAAUCCAUAAAGUGCAUAUGCACAGUGUAUUCUUGCAUGCAAAAAUAGCUGGUCCAUGUGUGGUCUUUGUAAUGUUCUAAAGUUUGGAUGUUACUUUAGAAUUUAAAGUAUGCUUUCCAUACUAAGUAAAAUACAUUAAGUGUUGUUUCUUUAAUGCAAGAAGUGCUUGUGGAUUGAAGAGAAACGCAACACAGGGUCAAAAGUCACUAACAAUAUUUAAUUCAACUUAAGGUAGUUCUAAGAUUUUUUCUGGAGUAAAAGAAGUGUGUUGCUCUCAUUUUUAAAAAUGUGCAAUAUUUUCCCAAUUUUAUAACCAGUGCUAAUCCAAGUCUGAGUCUAAUAGCAUGACAUGGUGCUAUACCGGUAUAACAAAUAUUUAGCAGCCAUAACCAAAAUGUAUACCGCGGAGCCGCUGCGAUGUGCUGUCUGCGGAAAAGCAGAUGGAGGUUUUUCAAGCAGUUGACAUUAAACACUAAGUAGCAUGUAAAGGCUAGUUUGUUUCAAACAAACACGUCAGCCAUACAGUUUAAGUAUAAAAUAAUAAAACAGUCAAAAUUGGAAGAGUAGGUAGACUGAGUAGCACCACAUAAAGUUUUUGAUCUCCGAAGGAAAUGCAAGUUGAAGGUUCACCGUUACUUUAGGGCCAAAACGUAAAAACGAUACCGGAUGGAUUUUUCCAUUUGUGCGCCGUACGUGUUUCCGUUACUGUACGUGUUGGCUAUCGGCUUGGGUAUGCCGGUUAAGCAGUAUAACAGAAAUAUACUUCACUUAUAUAUGCUGGAUCGGUCUCUGUCCUGCAUUUUCCUCGUACAGCCUGAGCGCUAAAGUGUGUAUUCUGUGCUAUGCAAAAGUAUAGUAAUACAUUUUCUAAGCAAUAAAUUUGUAUGAACCUA